AUGAUAACUCACUACAGUGGACCACGAUUCGGCUUGCCAGAGCGUAUUAAAGGCGUUCCACUGCCAGCGAUCCAAAUUAUAGCCCUUCUAGUUCUUGUUAAUGCUAUAGUGUGGGCGGCUUGCGCUGUCGUGUUGCACUUUAAUCCUUCCCUGAUCGGUACUGCUGCCCUGUCCUACACACUGGGACUGCGACACGCCCUCGACGCCGACCACAUCGCAGCCAUCGAUCUUAUGACGCGCCGGCUGAUUGCUUCAGGCCAGCAGCCCGUCACCGUUGGCACAUUCUUUAGCCUUGGUCACUCCACCAUUGUCAUUAUCACUUGCAUUGUGGUUGCCGCGACAUCAGGCGCUCUGCGUGACCGCUUUGAUAACUUCUCCCACGUCGGCGGCAUUAUUGGCACCAGUGUUAGUGCUGCAUUCCUUCUUCUUCUGUGCAUAGGCAACGGCUGGGUUCUAUACCGUCUGGUGGUGCGGCUGCGGCAGGUCUUGCGCCCCUCCGAACCGCACCUAGCCAGAGAGGAUGGUGAAGGCGAAGAUGCUUUUGCAGCGCAUAAUUUGCAGCUAGAAGGCGCUGGCUUCAUGGCGAAUCUGCUCCGGAAAGUGUUCCGGAUUAUCGACCGCCCGUGGAAGAUGUACCCAUUAGGGAUACUGUUUGGCUUAGGAUUCGACACGAGUUCAGAGAUAGCAAUAAUCGGCAUUGCUAGCAUCCAGGGAGCACGAAAUACGAGCUUAUGGGUGAUACUCAUCUUCCCACUAUUAUUCACAGCUGGAAUGUGUCUCCUUGAUACUACGGACGGCGCGCUUAUGAUGGCGCUUUAUACUAAUAAGGCUUUUGCCCGGGACACUGUGGCAAUCUUAUAUUAUUCCAUCGUUCUCACAGGCAUCACAGUAGUCGUGUCUGCAUUCAUUGGAAUCAUCCAGAUUCUCUCGUUGGUGCAAAAUGUGGCCGAGCCGAGUGGUAACUUUUGGGACGGUGUCAGUGCUAUCAGCGACAAUUACGAUGUGAUUGGCGGUAGCAUCUGCGGCCUGUUUCUGAUCGUUGGCAUUGCUUCUGUCGUCAUCUACCGUCCCUGGCGACGUCGUGUAGAACGCCGUCGAGCCCAACAGUUCCCUUCGUCCAACUCGCAAGACGUUGCCAUUCCAACUGGACGGUUGUGUUCUACUCCGGCACAGGAAACGGAGCCUGAAAUACCGGAAUUGCUUCGACUUGACUCAAAGUGA